AUGUUGCGUACAGGAAAGGUCUUUAGGGAUCAACUUGAUCCUCUGGAUGUCAGCGACGCUCACCUGUUGCGGGAUUAUCGUCUGCCCCACCCUGAGAUCCUGCAUAUUUGUGAGGAGCGUGGAUCAAAGUUGUCCAGACCCAAUAACAAGACAUCAUCAAUUCCAGUUCACACUGAAGUCAUGCUUGCCCUGCGCUUCUUUGCAAUUGGAUCAUUCCAGAGUGUGUUGGGUGACACUGCUGGGCUCAGUCAAGCUUUCACCUCAAGAGUGAUCAAUGAUGUUACCUCAGCUUUGUUCCAAAACAGAAGAAUAGAAAUCAAGAUGUCAGCAAGUCAGCAAGACAUCAUCCACAACAAGCAGGAGUUUCGUGCUGUCGCAUGUAUCUAUAAGAGACCCAAGAAAUUGACAUACCUACCUAGACAAGAAGUGUUCCCUUAA